AACGUCCACAGAGUGGGCACUGCCCAUAGCAACGUCCACAGAGUGGGCACUGCCCAUAGCAACGUCCACAGAGUGGGCACUGCCCAUUACAACGUCCACAGAGUGGGCACUGCCCAUAGAACUGGCCAAACAGAACGCUCUCAGAAGUGGCGGUAAAACCGUCGCGAGGCCGGACCAGAGUAACGGUGCUACUGAACCACCUCACACUGCGACUUCAGUCAUUCAACAAUUAACCGAGAUUAUAUACCGGUAUUUAACUGGAAAGGCGAGAGCUACACCAAAGAUACACCUCACUUAAGGAAAAUGGAAACAGUUGCGGGUCAGAAAGAGAAGGCGAAGUUUGCCCCGUUGGUGCCCCGUGAGAAGAAGCCAGGGCAUGGAGAGAAAGGAGGGGGGAAAAGGAGUGAGAAUAAGUGGAAAGGAGAGGGGGGUGGAAAUAAGGAGAGACACAUUGAUGUAGGAAAGAAGACAGGAGAAUCAUGUGAAGGAGAGAGAGGAGUAGAGAGCAAGGGUAAGGCCUCUGGGUUAGAGAAGAAAAGAGGAGAACGGAUGAAGAAAGAAGGGAAGAAGAAGACGCCAGAAACAGAAAAAGUGAGGGCUGCAGAUGAAGGGGUUACCCAGCAACAGGAAGGUAAAGGAGAGAGAGGAGGAGAGGGAGCGAAGGAGAAUAAAAAACAGAAAAAUAAGGAAGACCUAUCCAGGAAGGAAACAGAUAAAGGGAAGGAGGGAAUGAAUGUGAAAAAGAAGAAGAAAGAGAAUGAGAAGGUCAGGAAGGAAGGGAAAGAGACGAAAAAGAAGAGACAGAGGGAUGAGACAGAGAGCAAUAAGGUGCUCCCUCUAACAGACAGUCAGUAUGAUGAUAUAUUUGAUAGUGCUACGGCUCUGGAGACAUCUGUAGACAACUGUCUGGAGGAUGCCAGAGCUGUGCUGAGUGAGGUGGAGUUACUGCAGGCCACCAUUGACCAGGUCUCUCUCAGGGAGGAGGAACAGCCUCCCAGGAGAGUGUCUGGUGAGAGAAAGACUGCAGCGUCCGGCUCACACACACAGAGGAAGAGGAAGAGAAGAAGGGAGGAAGAGGAAGACAGCGACUCCAGUGCAGAAUUUGAUCAGUGGGUUCAGUGUAGUAGGUCUGUCUGUGGGAAAUGGAGAAGAGUAGAGAGACACGUUGACCUGGCUGCCCUUCCCAGCGACUGGACCUGUAUACACGACACAGGCCCUGGUCUCUGUGAGGCUACGGAGGACAGCUGGUCGGGACAAGAGUGUGAUGUCAUCAACAGCAGUCUGGUUCCUGGGUCUCUGGUCUGGGCUCAACAGAUUGGAUAUCCUUGGUGGCCAGCGAUAGUGGAGAGAGAUCCAGACACCAAGACCUUCUGCCAGUUCAACAGGAAUACUGACCUGUACCCUUGCAGGUACCAUGUAACCUACCUGGGGGAACCAGUCAGCAGAGCCUGGGUGUGUCGGUCUAAAGUCAGAAAUUACACAGAACUCACUGAGGAUGCCGCCAUCACGGGGAAGUCUCUCCAGAGAUUCAAGAAGAAGUUGAGAGAAGCUGUCCUCAUAGCAACACAAGCCCAGAGUAUUCCACUCAAGAGGAGGUUGUCUAGGUUUGGGUUCUGGACUCAACAAACAUUAGACAGAGAGAGUUCAGAGGACAGCGACAUUGCUGAGGUGAUGGAGAUGCUUCUGGACCAUGAAAAUAGCAGGAGGUCAGCAUACGUCAGAAACAAGAAGUCAGCUGUGGUGAAUGCUGCUAAGAGACAGCGUGAAAGAGAGCAGAGUGAGCCCAGAAAGAAAACCAUGAAACAAGGAAGGAGAGAAGACGAGACUGAAGGGAGGAGAGAAGGAGAGCAGCUUGGAAUAAAAAGACCAGGCGAGAAGGAGGAGGGUAAUAGACUGAAGCCUGCAAAGAAUACGAAGUCAGAGCCAAUUGGAGGGGACCUGAACGAGGGAGGAAAGGGAGUGAAAGAGAGAGCUGGAGAGAAGAAAAGAGGAGAGGAGGAAGGUAAGAAGAGAGUGAUGACUCCCUGGCUGUCCAAACUGAAGAAAGGCAGCGCGACCACGGCCAGACCAGCCUCUCCACCCAGCAAAGACCAGACUGUACUAGAGAGAGAGAGAGAGGAGAAGAGAGAAGGAGACGGAGUAGAGGAGGAAAGAGCCAAAGAGACCAGUGAAGGAGAAGAAAGGAUGGAACUGAGAGAGGAGAGAAGCCUGGAAGAGGAAGAGAAGGAGGAGGAAGAGGGACAUGAGUGUGAUAUAUCUGUUGAGGAGGAGGCAGUGAAAGAGGAAGGGAGAGAAACAGGAGAGGGAGGAGAGGAACAACAGAUCAAGAAAAGGGAAGUACAGUCUGUGUUUGUAGGGGAGGGGGAUGAGGGAGGAGAGGAUGAUUUCCUAGAUGAAGACAUGGAGAUUCUGGGCUGCAGAGAGGAAGUGAUGAAGAGACUAGCUCAGGAACCCAUUCAGGAAGAGGAGGAUGACUUCUCUAUCAUGCUGUUUGAGGAGGAGUAGAGAGAGAAAGAGGGGAGUUGGUAACAGUCUAUCUCCUACUGUUCGGGUCAGGAACCAUUUCUGUUCUCUAUUGUUGAUGUAAAUAUUUGAGUUCAGGUAUGUUUGUUAUGAGUUGGGUUACAUUAUUUAAUCAGUUGUAUAAUAUAAUAAAUAUUGAAUUAUUAGUUUCUAA